AAAAUGUCGGGAGAUAUACCAUUAAACAUCAACAUCAAAGAGCCUCGCUGGGAUCAAAGCACAUUUGUUGGACGCGCUAACCACUUCUUCACUGUAACCGAUCCUAGGAAUAUAUUGUUAUCCAACGAACAAUUAGAAAAAGCAAAAACAAUUGUGCACAAUUACAGGCAAGGCAUUGUGGCCCCUGGGUUAACAGAAGAUGAACUCUGGAGAGGAAAAUAUAUCUAUGAUUCAGCCUUCCAUCCAGAUACUGGUGAAAAGAUGGUUUUGAUUGGCCGUAUGUCUGCUCAGGUGCCUAUGAACAUGACAAUUACUGGCUUCAUGAUGACUUUUUAUAGAACAACUCCAGCCGUGGUUUUCUGGCAAUGGAUUAAUCAAUCCUUCAAUGCUAUUGUAAAUUAUACCAACAGGAGUGGAGAUGCUCCAAUUAAUGUCAGCCAGCUGGGAACAGCCUAUGUUUCUGCUACCACAGGUGCUGUUGCAACUGCUCUAGGACUUAAUGCACUCACAAAGCAUGUUUCACCACUUAUAGGACGUUUUGUUCCUUUUGCUGCUGUAGCUGCUGCAAACUGUAUUAAUAUUCCAUUAAUGAGGCAAAGGGAACUAAAGUAUGGUAUUCCCAUUACAGACGAAAAUGGGAAUAGACUGGGUGAAUCAUCCAAAGCUGCUCAACAGGCAAUUGUGCAAGUUGUGGUUUCAAGGAUCCUUAUGGCUGCUCCAGGAAUGGCCAUUCCCCCAUUCAUAAUGAAUACUUUGGAAAAGAAGGCAUUUUUAAAGAGGUUCCCAUGGAUGAGUGCCCCCAUUCAAGUAGGACUAGUGGGUUUCUGUUUGGUGUUCGCAACCCCUCUGUGCUGUGCAUUAUUUCCACAGAAAAGUUCCAUGUCUGUAACGCGUCUGGAGCCAGAAUUACAAGCUAAGAUCAAAGAAAUGAGUCCUGAAUUGGAUCGGGUAUAUUUUAACAAAGGAUUAUGAUUUAUAGAAGGGUGAUAUCUCCUUAAAUUAUAGUUAGAUGAACUUAUUUUAAUUGAGUCUACUUAGUUGAAACAAUGCAGUCCUGAUGCAUUCUUUCAAUUUUUGUAUAAUUUUGAACACUUGAAAUUAUUUAAGUAUCAUAAGAAAAUGUUCAUAAUUA